AGUCUGUCAGUCAGUCAGUCAGUCUGCAGACCUCAGCUGAAGACACGACAUUAGUCUGUGAGGAGGCGCUGAGUCCUCCUCCUAACUUCUCCUCGGCCGUCUGCUCCUCACGUCCCGGAAACGCUCCAAGGACCGAGAGGGAAGAAAAGCAGCUUACUGACUAUGUUCUCCUUCGUGUUUCUCCUCCUCCUUGUUCCACAUGUGCUGCUGUCCUCGACACACGUAGCAGUGAUCUCCCCUCAGGAUCCAGUCCUGCGUAUCGGCUCCAGUCUGACGGCCACCUGCACGCUGAGCCCUGAUCUGGGCCUCCAGGCCAGCACGUUGUACUGGACUCUGAACGGGAUGAGUCUGUCCAGCAGCACCUACAGCGUGCUGAGCCUCGACACCCUGAGCGUCACCCUUCACAACCUCAACGGCUCCCAGCAGCAGUCUGGAGACAACCUGGUGUGUCACGCAGCAGAUGGACACGUCCUGGCUGGUUCCUGUCUCUAUGUGGGCAGGCCUCCAGAAAAGCCGGUCAACAUAACGUGUUGGUCCCGCAACACAAAGGACUUGAGCUGCGAGUGGAGCCCGGGGGGGCGGGGUGAGACCCACAUCCGAACCAAAUACACCCUCAAGUACAAAUUGAGGUGGUACGGGAGAGAGAAGGAGUGUGAAAACUACGGCACGGGGAAGCAGCGCUACUUCUGCUACAUCCCCCGCAACCUCGCCCUCUUCACCCCGUACGAGAUCUGGGUGGAGGCAGCCAAUCAGCUGGGCUCUGCCACCUCUGACAUCACCGCCCUGGACAUCCUCGAUGUAGUGACCACUGACCCUCCUGCCAACGUGCAGGUGAGUCGUGUCGGCGACCUGGAGGACCAGCUGACGGUCCGCUGGGCCAGCCCCCCCGAGCUCAAGGACAUCCUGUUUCAGGCCAAAUAUCAGAUCCGCUACAGGCUGGAGGAGAGCACAGAAUGGAAGGUGGUGGAUGAUGUCGGUAACCAGACGUCGUGUCGGCUGGCAGGCCUUCGACCCGGCAUCGUUUAUUUUGUCCAGGUGAGGUGUAAUCCAGUGGGCAUCUAUGGUUCCAGGAAGCCCGGCAUCUGGAGUGACUGGAGCCACCCAGCCGCUGCCUCCACACCCAGCAGUGAGCGGCUGCAGAGCGGCUCCUGCGAUCCGAAGCCCGGUGAGCAGAACUCCACCCUGCGGCGGGAACUCAAGCAGUUCUUUGGCUGGGUCCGCAAGCAUGCGUCUGGCUGCAGCGGCAUGUCAAUCAAACUGUACGACCAGUGGAGGGUGUGGCUGCAGAAAUCGCACAAAACGCGCAACCAGGUAGAUUCUACAAGACGAUAAUUCAUAGCAGCGCCGCUCAGCACCACUGUGGUGUUUAAUUCAAGAGCAGCAUCGAGAAACACUGACAGAUAACUGGCCCCGCGGGUCCCAGCUGUGUGAGAGGCCCAACGCCCCGCCUGAGGGAUACUGCAGUAUUUGGUCAUACCGCCUUAACUUGAGUUUAAAGGGCCCGAGUGGAAGAUAACUGAAGAGACAAUGCAGCCUUUUUCUAGCGUUUCCGCUGGACGAAUCUGUCCGUUAGAUCUGUUUGCACAAACACAAAUGCCAAGGCCCUCAGCAACUGCACUUUUUAAAAGUUAACAGUUUAGACUUUUUAAUAGCUUAAGCAAGGGUUUAUUUUAUACUUUGAUGUCAAACGACACCAAAGUGUUUCCUUAAGAGAGUCGUAGAAGAGUGUAAGAAAAUGUACAAAACAGCUAUUUAGUAACUCUACUUUUCCAAGUCAAGAAAUAUUUCUUCAGGUAUUUUAAAGCCGAAUAUGUGAGUUAUACCUUGUUAUGAUUGUUAUGGCCUUUAUGAUAUGAAGUUGAUAUUUUUGAUAAUAAAGCAUACAUUUUUUUAACCUCCACUCAAAACUAGAACAUCCUGUUGGCUGCUCUGCUGUCUUGUAGUAGUAAUAUAUGUGUGUAUAUAUAUAUUAUACACAAUGACGUGAAAAUAAUGUUUGACAAAACACAUUAUGAUUCAUAUGAUGCACAUUUCAUAGACACGUAACUUAUACUUAUUUAUCUUUAGUAUCCAAAAAUAAAGACAGUAGUACAAAGCUGAGACAUUCAGAUCAGUAACGACUGAAUACUCAACAUAUUUAACACAAAAAGCAGAUUUAAAGGUCCGCAUUUCAUUGCAUAUAUCAAAAACAUGGUCUUAUUACAGCUAAUGACUCUUUAUACAGCACAGACUCAUUCAGCUCACACAGAUCAGAUCAACAGAGUUCUGCAGACUCUGUCCCUGCUCACUGUUUAUGUCGCAUAAUGACGCUGCGUAACGCUGAGACUUUAAAAUAAACAAAUAUAAAACUGUGUGUCUGCAGCAUCCUGCAUCAAAGCUGCAAGUUAGCGAAAAUGUUAGCAUCUCAUGAUGACCUUUCACCUGCCUCAGGUCAUCAUGUGACUUACUGAGAGCAGCCAGGUCAAUUUAUUUUGAGCUAAAUUAUUAAUAAUAAAAGUUAAAUGUUCUUCUU